AUGGGAGAGAAGGACCAUAGUGGAAAUUCUCAGGUCUUCAAGAUCUCUUACAGAGCAGCCACUUUAUCUGCGUGUUCACAAUGUUUCAGUGUCUUUAAUCCAUACUUUUAUAUUUAUCUCUUUAAGAUCCGUACAGGUUUACAGCACGAAAUAAUCUGGCCCUGUCAGCCCAGCUGUGUUCCUCUGGAUGAAAAACUCCUUCCUCAGUUACUAAAAGAAGCAGGCUAUACUACCCAUAUGGUCGGAAAAUGGCACCUGGGAAUGUACCGGAAAGAAUGCCUUCCAACCCGCCGAGGAUUUGAUACCUACUUUGGAUAUCUCCUUGGUAGUGAGGAUUACUAUUCCCAUGAGCGCUGCACAUUAAUCAAUGCUCUGAACGUCACACGAUGUGCUCUUGAUUUUCGAGAUGGUGAAGAAGUUGCAACAGGAUAUAAGAAUAUGUAUUCUACAAACAUAUUUACUGAAAGGGCUACAGCUCUCAUAACUAACCAUCCACCAGAGAAGCCUCUGUUUCUCUACCUCGCGCUCCAGUCUGUCCACGAGCCCCUUCAGGUGCCUGAGGAAUACCUGAAGCCAUACGACUUUAUCCAAAACAAGAACAGGCACCACUAUGCAGGAAUGGUGUCCCUUAUGGAUGAAGCAGUGGGGAAUGUCACUGCAGCCUUAAAAAGCCAUGGGCUCUGGAACAACACGGUGUUCAUCUUCUCCACAGAUAACGGAGGGCAGACUUUGGCGGGGGGCAACAACUGGCCCCUCCGAGGAAGAAAGUGGAGCCUGUGGGAAGGCGGCGUCCGCGGGGUGGGCUUCGUGGCGAGCCCCCUGCUGAGACGGAAGGGCGUGAAGAACCGGGAGCUCAUCCACAUCUCCGACUGGCUGCCCACGCUCGUGAAGCUGGCCGGGGGGCACACCAACGGCACCAAACCCCUAGAUGGCUUCGACGUGUGGGAAACCAUCAGUGAAGGAAGCCCGUCCCCCAGAGUGGAGUUGCUGCAUAACAUUGACCCGGACUUCGUAGACUUUUCCCCAUGUCCUGGGAACGGCAUGGCCCCAGCAAAGGAUGCUUCUUCUCUUCCAGAAUAUUCAGCUUUUAACACAUCUAUCCAUGCUGCAAUUAGACAUGGAAAUUGGAAACUCCUCACAGGCUACCCAGGCUGUAGUUACUGGUUCCCUCCACCGACUCAAUCCAAUGUUUCUGAGAUACCGUCAUCAGACCCACCCACCAAGACCCUCUGGCUGUUUGACAUUGAGCGGGACCCAGAAGAAAGGCAUGACCUGUCCAGAGAAUAUCCCCACGUCGUCUCGAAGCUCCUUUCCCGCCUACAGUUCUACCAUAAGCACUCCGUGCCCGUGUACUUCCCCACGCAGGACCCCCGCUGUGACCCCAAGAGCACUGGGGCGUGGGGGCCUUGGAUGUAGGAUUUUGGGGAGGCCAGAAAACCUUCCUGCUGCAAAGUUGGACUCCAGGCCUUUACUCUCGUGACUCUCGUUUCAUUUGUUAUCCCAACCUGGGUUCACUUGGCACUUGUCUGGCUCCUAAAACCACGCUGAGGGAUCUAAUUUCAACCCCUAGUGCAUUUACGAAGCUGAUAAAAUCUAGAACACUCCUGUUAUUGGCCAGGGCCUGCGUCUAGCGGCAGGGGUGGCUAGCUUCAUCCCCUUUUCCUAAGCCGUGGGACAGCUGGGAACUUGAAAUAGGAAGUUCUCAGAGCGUCCUGGAGGCUAGAGCAGCUGGCUCUCUUUGCCUCACAAGUCAGACGUUAGAUUUCCCCGUGCCAAUAGCCGGUUUUAUUGGAAUGACUCAAAUUUCUUGUAACAAAUGAAGGGAGCAGACAAUUGUUAAUGGUUCUGCUGGCCGGGGGUUCUCCUGUCUGAGAGAUCGUGUUCAAGCAUUCCAUGUGAAUGACCUUCCUUGGUUCACCCCCCACUCACUCAUCUCAUCACUGGGCAUGGGGCCCAUUCCAUUGUGAUGGUCAACAUGGCUAUUUGCCUGCACCUUAGUUUUUGGUUUUUACAAUAAAGAAAUGUGUAUUUAUCCUAGAUUUUCAUUCCCCAGCCAUGGCUCACUCUGUCUAGACUUCCUGCCACCCCCAGCUCCCCAGUGGCUCUUUUCCUGCCUUUCUUUUGGCCCCCAGUGUCCUGCCUGGGGAGGCCUCUGUGCCUCUCCAGCCUGAGCACCCCUGAGUUUUGGAACUCUGCCAAGCCCUGCUCCCUCUCGCCCCUGUGCUGAAGCUGCAGCCCCACUCCCCACCCCGCCCGGGCAGGUGGUGGAGUCGCCCUGUGAGUAUGCUGUUCAGUGAGGAUUUUCCUAUGUUGCACGGAGGUUAUCAUCGUGAUGGGGGCUUUAUCUCAUACUAUAUUAAGAACUGCACUGCUGUUUCCUAGCAGUGAGAUAAAAACCUCAGGACAGGAUAAUUUUGUCCUGAGGUGAUGGAGGUGGGCAGUUUGAGAACGGAAAUGGCCAGCAUCUGGGGUACUGGGCAUUGGUAAAGCAAAGAGGGCACACCCACGUUCCUCUUAUUCCCUGCUUCACUGCCUGCAUUGAGGUCCCAGAGUCAGGGUAAGGAUGUACAGUCUGACCUGCAGCCUUUCUUAGUCCCACUAACAUCCUGCUAACAGGAAUCAGUCCAGAUUGGCUCCAGGGAGUGUCAUACUCAGAGACAUAUGUGCAAAAGCAAUACUCCUUUCUUCAUCAGCUCCACUGUCUUUUUCACUGCUUAUCCCCAAUGUAUAGAACAGUGCCUGCUACCUAGAAGGUACUCAAUUUAGUUUUUAAAUAAAUGGAAAAAUGAGUAAAUGAGAAAGUGUCGCGUGAAAGAUGCUAGCCUGUUGAGCCCAAUACAGGGGUGAUAUAAAUGUCUUCCAACUGUUGUUAUUCUGUUCUUAAGCUGCCUCUGCUGACAUAGUAGCAUAAUCUGCAUAUCUAGGUAGCCACAGGACACUCUAUAGCGAGGUUGUAAUGCCCUGGGGUGGGGGGGAGAAGGAACUGUGCCUACCAAAGUUACUCUCUUGCCAACAAUCUUCAUUUUUAUUCUUCAUGGGAUACCAGAAACUAAAACUAUGGAAUAAUACAAUAUAGGCCCUUGCAUAGUCAUCCUUCAGUUCAGUAGCAAUAUUUUCUGGUCACUACUAACCUGUAUUGUAUUAAAGAGUAUUGGGAAGAAAUGGUGCUAGAACUAAUGAUAUCUAUUCCCAACCUUUGCCCAACUCCUGGGUUGGCAGAUAGCUGGCCAAAAUGCCAUCACCUCUCACCCUGAGGCCUGUGGCAGAUGAAUAGUAUGAACUGAGCCCUGAUGUUCCUUCUGCACUUUUCUAGUCCCAGGGCUGUGGGCAGCUGUCACUGUUAUAAGAUUGGAGGCCCUCACUACAUGACACCUAUUUGCUCUCCCUAUUAUAAUCCCAAUAGCUUCCCCAAUUCCAGUUCCUUGAUUACUAUGCACAAUAGGGAUGUUCUGCAUUCAGUGCAUUUAAAGAGUUUUAAAGGCUAAUUUUUUCGGAAAACUAAUAUUUGAGAUUUUGUUUUAUCCAUGAUGGAAGGUACCUCAUUAGAUUUUCUUAUUCUGUACAAGAAUGUGAAAAGAUUUGUUUGUUGUCCUUAGUGAUAUUAAUGUUCUUUCUUCCUAAAUGUGUUUACCUUUAAAGAAGGCUUUAUUUCAUUUUGAACUAAUUUUUCUUUGUUACUACAUGAUUGUUCCAAGUUUGAAGGACAAAAUAAAAUUAAUAUUUUAAAAUGUGUGAACCAUGGGUAUGGAGCUUCCAUACUAGAUAGUGGUGAUGGCUGUACAAUGUCACAAAUGCACUUAAUGCCACUGAAUUGUAUACUUAACAUGAUUAAA